GUUAGCUGCGGAUUGACCCUGAGGUUCAACUUCAUCCUCAACAGAAAAUCAGCGACGUGCAGUUUUUGAAAAUAUUUUAUUCUAAAUAACUGUUUAUAAAGAAAUCUUAAAGUGACAUAUAUUGAGUUUCAAAAUCUUUGUUCAAGUUUUUUGUGCAUUUAUUAAAAAGGCAAAUAAAUUGCAGCGCAAUGAUGACAAACCGAUUUGCUUUCUGCACCCUGGCCCUGUUAGCCAUUUGUUUGCUGGCCAUCUCGAGGACCGAUGCGGCACCGAUGCCCAGGUACCAAAGCUCCAAUGGCGGCUACGGCGGCUAUAACGAGCUCGAGGAGGUGCCCGAUGACCUUUUAAUGGAGUUGAUGACACGCUUUGGACGCACCAUAAUACAGGCACGCAACGACUUGGAGAACUCAAAGCGAACUGUGGACUUUGGAUUGGCGCGUGGUUAUUCUGGAACUCAGGAGGCGAAACAUCGUAUGGGUCUCGCUGCAGCCAAUUUUCCAGGCGGACCGGGACGAAGGCGACGUUCGGAAACCGAUGCUUAAAUUUUCAAAUCACGAUCACGAUAAUGUCAAACUAAAUGCGAAAUCUUAAAAAAAAAAUUACACAAACAACUUUGCGGAUUUAUUUUCGGUUUUUUAACAUAGUUUUACAAAUAUUCCGAACUUUUUUUAAAUGAAAUUUAAUUCGUUGUAUAUACAUAAUAUCUAUAUUGAAGUUGCUAAAAGUAUAACUUACAAAAGUGUUGAACUUAUAAAAAAAGGUUCUUAAGCAUAAAUAUAUUGAAACGUUUAUUAACGCAAGGAAUUUCUGAAUUAAAUACAAAAUAAAAUGUUAAACUGUUGCUCCAAAGUUAUAAAAUGUUUAUGGAUCCUUAAACAAAUGAUAUAAGAGUACCAAGAUCAUGAUCCCCUCUCGCUCUCUCGCUCGUCUUAAUAUUCGAUAAAGAAAAACGAAUUGAAAUUAAUCAAAUUAUCUUGUAAUAUUUAAGAACAAGUACAAUACUAUUACAAAUUAUUCAAGUGUAAUUUAACUCGCGCAAAAAAUCUUUAAAUAGGUAUGCCUUAGUCUAACACACCCACACACACAUUUUUGAACACACAUACAACACCUGCACACAUACACACACAUCACAUAUAAAAUACAAGAACAUCUAUCUCACAAUAUUUAAGUUUAGACAAUUUUCUUGCUCGUAUUUUUUUUUUUUUUUUAUUGUAAAAGCUUAUCCUUAUGAGCUCCCACCUUUGAUCUUGUUUGGCCGCUUUGAGCGGUGUUAAUGUAUUUCUUGUAAAUAUAUAUAUUAUUUAUGUAACACGAAUAUAUCAAAUAUCUGAGAACGUACAUACAUAUAUACAUAUAUGGAUUAAUGUGUCUAUCGAAACGUAAAUACAUCAAUAUCGUAACGAACAAUGAUUAAAUAAAUUUACAUUUAGAGAAACUCUAA